UUUAACAUUUGUUUUAUUAAAUUAAAACCAGGAUGUGAUGUUCAAUAUGGUGAAAGGAGGUCUCGGAUAUACUUUUUUCAAUUCAAUUUUAUUUGUAUAGCACUUUUAACAAUGGUGAUUGUCUCAAAGCUGCUUUACAGAAACAUAUAAACACAGGAUACAAAUUUUAAGUGUGUGAAUUUAUCCAUAAUGAGCAAGUGACGGUGGCAAGGAAAAACUUCCUAAAAUGAAAUGGGGAAGAAACCUUGAGAGGAACCAGACUCAGAAGGGAACCCGUCCUCAUCUGGGUAACAGCGGAUAGUGUGAAAGUAAAAGAAAGUUCAUUAUGGUUUUAACAUGAAUUCUGUUUGUUGAACUAGUCCACUGUUCACCAAAGGAGACCUGAGUGCAAAGCUGCAUGUGGUAAUUGCAGUCCAAGCGGUACCAUCCUAAGCAAUCUCCAGGCUGUAGCCUCCAGUUGAUCAGAGCUCCAUCCAGAGGUAGGGCAUCAGGAUGGAUCAGGCAGGUCCAGAGAGCAGAAAGGGUCAGGAACACUGGCAUCUCCAUAAAAUCAUGUGUGGCUCGACAGAAGGAGAGAGGGAGGACAAUUACGAUGAAGAGAUUGAGGUGUACAAGCAUCAUCUUGAGCAGACGUACAAGUUGUGCAGGCCGUGUCAGACUGCAGUGGAGUACUACAUCAAGCACCAGAACCGGCAGCUGAGGGCUCUGCUCCUUAACCACCAGCUCAGGCGCAGCAGAGAUGCAGACAAAGCCUUCGUAACGAGCUCCUACACAGUCUCCACUCCUGCCUGGCUCAUAAUGCUGCGAGCCCUGGCUUUCCUCGCUUGUGCUUUCCUGGUCACCCUGGCCGUUUAUGGAUCUGGAGACUUAUCCUCCCCCUCUGAUGGCUCUCACAUCCUGAAGGGAGGAGUCGCACCACCCAAACACACUCUCCAAAAUAACACCGAAGCAAAGGUCAAUGACAGCACCGGAAGUGGGCAGAUGUGGAGCGAACUGGUGGGCCUUCUUUCAGAAGAGGCUGUAGAGAACGCGAAGCUGAUCUGGGAAUCUGGAAGCAACCAUCAGAUGGCCGUAGCUUCCGUCGGCCUUUUGACCUGCAUCACUGGCGUCCUAAUGGCAGGGCCUGUCAGGUUAAGGAGAAUUGAUGCCUUCGCUUCUUUCCUUUGGCUCCUCGUGUUAUGCCUGUACUCUGUUGAGUUCUACCUGAAGACGGACACCCCCGACUGGCUGGGCGCAAUCAAGCUCGGCGCUACCUCCUUGUGCUGCUUGGUUGGAUUCGCCGCAGCCGUGGCCACACGCAAGCCCACGGGUCAGAGAAGAGCCAGAGGCCGCAGGUAUCUGUCUGGCAGUUCUUUUGGGAUGUACUGCAGUGGUCAGUCCCCGAUGGUGUCUGGAUCGUCUGCUUUCAUCCCCACUCCUCCUCCCAACCUGGCACAGCUCCUCGCUCACCAGCAAAGCCAGAAAACCCGUCGAGCAUCGCCCUCCUCACUGCCAGGUCGUCUCAACAGAGCCCUUUCAUUGGGCACCAUGCCAUCGCUCGCCAGGCAAGACUCUGGGUUCCUGUUCAGUGGGAGUAGGCCGUCAUCACAGUGCAAAGACUCUCCGCCUUCAGAUUAUUUCUCUCUGAAGUCAGGAAGUCGUCCCUCUUCCCCUGCUCCCUCCCCCACACCGUCUGUGACAGGUUCGGUCACGUCCUCCUCCAGCUCAGCCAGGCAGAGGCGGCCACUUAUCAGUCCAGCGCGACUCAACAUCAGUGGGCAGAAGCUGCAGCUUUUCUCCCCUCCUCUAGAAUCCAGGAGUCUUUCACCUCCGCCGCCAUGUUUGACAGAACUGAACUACUUCAACAGUAGAGCUGUCAUGCCUGAUGUUCCUCACGUCCCCUCACGGAAUCAUGACUUGGGGUCACGGUUUGAGGAAGGCAGUGUCUUUGAACAUGCAGAGAACAAAAUGAGCAGCUCUUCAGAGUCAUCCAACUGCCAUGUGGACACAACCACAGGGAACGAAAAUGACAGCAAAUCCAAAUUGAAAGGUUUUUUGGGCAGGUCCAUAUGGCCGGGUCUUUUGGUCACCAGCUUGACUGCCAACUUAACCUUUAUAUCAUUCUAUCUUUACUACAACUGGAGAUGAGAAAUAAGUUCAAACGUCAAGUUCUCGAAUGUCUCUUAAUGUGACGUACAAUAGGUUUAGGUGCUAUCGACCGCUUUUAGGCUGGAAUUGCCUACAGAGAAUUUACGCUACCGGUAGCUGCUCAUCUUUGCAUAUUCUGUGAUCCAAAAGGAGGCACAUUUUGUGCUGAGUCAGGUUUUGAGAACAUUUAAAUAAACUAACUGGUCUCAAGUACCAGAUAAGUUCUGCUCACAAAUAAAACAGAGCAUCCCAUCAUGCCCAAAACCAUAACAGGGCUUUUCUAAACGUUGCUCUUACGAAUUGCUUUCAUAAAGAUGUCUGAAAUAAAACAGCAUGUUGCGAUUAACUGAAGAGAAUUAGCCUUUGUGGUUUAUCUUAACUGAGCAUCCAUCAGGCUACAUGAGGUGCUAUUGUGCAGUAUAAUGGCAUUUCUUUCUAUGUUUAAUACAAGUCUUUAAGUGGAAUGCUAUAAUGUGAGGAAUGCUGUAUGAUUGUGCUCAUACUCAUAUUUUCAGCAAAUUCCUAAUGUAAGGGUGAAACAACUUGGUAAUUUCAACUUUUCAAUACACUGAACAGCCCGUACCCGUACGCUCCUAUACCAGCAAGUGUGUACGCAGCUGUACGUGUAGAUAUUUUACUUGGUGACGCAUUAAACUGCACUACAUUUACACACACACACACACACACCCCUUCCCCCCAAUCCUGGGCUGAAAACUUAAGUGAGUGAUGAGUAUCUUAAUGAAGGGACUUGAUUUUAAAGAACUUAAUCAGUGUAUUGAGAUUCAAACUCAAUACAUUAUAAAUAAACGUGCUAUACUUUGUUGUAAUGCAGUAGCAUUUUUUGGCAUUUGAUUUUUGUUUUCACUCUGCAAAAUUCAUGGCAAGGACUUGAAGCUGUCUGGUGUGUAUGCAUUUAUUCAAUGUGAAUGUGUCUGGUGAUUUUUUUUAAUUAUUAGUCAGAGGUAUGGUAAAACCAUAAAUACACUAUGUUAAUAAAAUAUUCAGACAAACCCUGGUUACAGUUUAUUAUGGUGGUUACAUGAAUGGGACAUUUGGCUAACUUUGCAUGCUUUUUGUAUGCAUGUAUUCAAUAAAAGUAUGCGUGUAAUGUAGUUCUGUUAUAUUAAGGGCCCCAAUCAUCUCUUAUUCAAGUUGUGGUUUGUUUUUGUCCGUAAUAGAGGAUCCCCUGAAGUUUUAGUUAAUUAAGUAAACAGCACAACUGACUAAAAUGUCAUGUCUCAAAUUUGAAAUUUUUAUGAUCUAGAAUAAUUUAAGGGCCCAAGAACUAGAUUUCAGUUUAUUUGUCAUCAUCUGUGAUUGAUCUGUAUCAGUCUAUUUAUUAUUCCACUCAUUCGUUCAUUCGAUCUCUGAGAAUGAAUCAUAUGGUAUAAAAUUGCAAAGGCUUUAUUCUGAAGGUAAAAUAAGACUGACGUCCGGUUCGGUCACAGGAUCCCAAACACCAGAGCAGUUUUGUCAAGACACCUGGAUUAUUUGUAUAUGACAUUCAGAUUAUGAAAUGGGCUGUUAUGUGGGUUUUAUUGGGUUCUGAUGUACUGUAAUGUCACUUUUUAUGCUGCAUCAAUAUUACUGAGAAAUUCAAAUGAUGUCUUUGCUACUUUAAAAAGAUUGCUGCAUUUAGAAGAAACUACUGAGCUGUGCAUCGUCUCUUUCUCAUUGCUCCUUCAUUGCUCUUUUAUUUCAAGUUGUAAAAAAAAAAAAAACCUUGCUCCUGAAAUAUAAAAUACAGCUGGUCA